UACCGUCUCUGACGAUGCACUUCUCUUCGCUGAUGAUCGACGUUGAAGACCGCAGCAGUAUCGUUGCCACAAAAACCUUUUCCUAUAACAAGCUUCCUUCUGAACCAUUCACCCUCUCCAUUCUCAAAUUGGACGGAUCUUGCUUCCAUGUUGAAGUUGCGAAAACGGCAACUGUUGCGGAACUCAAUCGUGCGGUGGAGGCGGUUUUUAGUCACACACCUCAGAAAUGGCCAGAGGAAAUACCGUGGGCUCAUGUUUGGGGGCAAUUUUGCUUAUGUUAUGAAGGACGUAAGCUUGUCAUUGAAACAACUUAUCUUAGAGAUUAUGGCAUCAAGGAUGGUGACCAGCUUCGUUUCAUACGUCAUGUACCUAAUACUUGUUUACAAAGAAAGAGGCUAAAGAAAAGAGUUGUCAAUUUGAAAAUAAAAAGGAGGUAUAGGUCAUCCACCAAAGCGAAUAGAUAUCAACAGAAACUAGGAUGUGGAGGUGACGACGACAUUGGUUUCGAUGAAGAAUAUCUUGUUGGCAAGGAGAGAUUAACGGGCUUUUUGGGAGGUUUGUUCUCAUACAACCGGAUGGCAGUUGCGGAAAGAGCAAGAACUGAAAGCAGGGUUUGCCCCUCAUCCAUUGCUGAAGUCAGUGGUUGAGAGAUGAGACUUCGACGGAGAAAUUACCUUGGCUUAUUCUUGGCUCUGAAUAUCAUAUAUGCUCAUGUCAUUAUGCAACGUCUUAGCAUGAUGAAUUGUAUUGCAGUGAAUUUCAAGCUUCUGUGCAUAGUGAUGUAUAUGAAUGGAGUUAGGGCUCUCAGCCUCUCAAAGAAAGAAACUGCAUAUAUGGUACGCACAUUUCUACUCUCCUUGGGUACGAUAUAGAGGAGUCUUACAAUUAAGGAAGAAAAUGGAUUCAUGAUGAGAUUUCUCGCAUAUUGCAUGAGAAGAAGAAAUUCAUGCG